UCAUAAAAUUUCAAUUCAGUAGCUUAACAGCCGCAGCGCUGUUAAGAAGUGUGCUUUUGUUUUCCUGACUUACUGAACUUACACACCUUUAUAUUUGUAAAUAAGCAAAUCGCAAUUUACUCAAAAUGGUAUCAAACAGUCAAACUACAAGUGCGUUAAAAUCAGCUGCGCCCAUCUUCGGCAGACGACAUUUACAAUGCUUCAUGAUAUGCAUUGGCUUCUCCGCUGCUUUUGCGAUGCGCGUCAAUCUCUCCGUAGCCGUUGUGGCAAUGAUGGAUAACAAAGGCGCAAAUCCGGACUUUCCCGAAUAUCACUGGUCAGAGAAGACAAAAUCGCGCAUACUCAGCAGCUUCUUCUUUGGCUAUGUAUUCACGCAGGUACCCGGUGGCAUACUGGCGCGUCGCAUUGGCGGUAAAAUAUUGCUGUUGCUAGCUUUCUCCAUUAGCAGCGUGCUGGCGUUGCUCACACCGUGGGCUGUUAGUUUUGGCGGCUGGAAACUGUUGUGCUUCAUACGCUUCCUACAAGGUUUCGGCCAGGGCACAACAAUGCCCGCAAUACAUACACUCGUCGCUAAAUGGUCGCCGGUGGAGGAGCGCAGUUCGUUAUCGGGUUACUGUUAUUCCGGCGCACAAUUGGGUACUGUUGUCAUAUUGGCUUCGAGUGGUGUGUUGGAUUCCUCAAGUCUUGGCUGGCCGAGUCUCUUCUACAUACCCGGCGCUGUGGGUCUCUUGUGGGCUGUGGCUUGGAUUAUUUGGGGCGCCAACUCGCCAGAUGAAUGCCGUAGCGUUAGUGCCGCAGAACGUGCACUCAUCACGGAAUCGCUGAACAAAAAGGCGAAACAGGAGGAAGGCAGACCGACGUUGCCAGUGCCAUGGCGCGCAAUAUUUACCUCGCUGCCGUUCUUGGUCUUACUUCUAUCGCAUUGCGCGAAUUCAUGGGUCUUUUGGACAAUACUCACACAAAUACCGUCGUAUAUGAAGAGUGUGCUCGGUAAGGAUAUCAAAAGUAAUGCACUACUCUCGGCACUACCUUAUUUGACAAUGUUCAUUUUGGGACUGGCAUUUUGUCCAAUGGCCAACUACUUGGAGAAAAGCAAUCGCAUUAGUGCCACAACUAGUCGGAAGCUCUUUAACUCGCUCGGCCUGUGGGUGCCGGUUGUUACACUAAUUUGGUUGGGUUACAUGACGCGUGAACAAUCAGAUUUAGCUAUUAUUUUGCUGACCUUCACGGUUGGCAUGAAUUCGGCUGCGCAUUUGGGCUUCCAAGUGAAUCAUAUUGAUUUGACGCCGAACUUUGCUGGCACCCUGGUGGGCAUGACGAAUUCCGCCUCACAUGUUGCUAGCAGUAUCGCACCCUUGGUGGUGGGCUACGUCGUCACCGAUACGAAAAAUCCUGAACAGUGGCGUAUAAUAUUUUUCAUAGCUGCUUUCAUCAUUCAUCUGCUGUUCGUAUUUUUCGGCACGGCCAAAGUGCAACCGUGGAAUGAUGAGCAAACGGGGAAGGUCUAUGAAUUGAAGCCACUCAAUCGAGUAGUCGUUGAAAAGUCCAGUGGAAAUACAGAAUUAUCGAAAUAGUCUUAUAAUAAAAGUACAAAAUUUAAUUGUGAAAGGUAUUAUUACCGAAAGAAAACAAAAGUAUUAAAAAAUGAGAUCAUAAGUAUUUCAAAGGAUAUUAAAAAUUACAUUAUCAUGUACUAAAAUAAGAAAUGAAAUGGAAAUAAAGUGAAUUUUGUAAGAUCAAAAAUGAUUAAAAUGACUAAUUAUUAUCAAAUUAA